GGCCAGGUGCGCAGAGGUGGCGGCGCCAGCGAGCUCGGGGACCGCGCGCAGAGGCUGGAGCAUUGGGCCGGAGCACCAGCCUCACUGAGAAGGAUCUGAAAGAGGCCAAGGCGCGGAGCCAGCAGAUCGCAGCUCAGCUGACCACCCCACCCAGCUCCAACUCACGAGGCGUCCAGCUCUUCAACAGGCGCCGGCAGAGGGUGAACGAGUUCACCUUGGAGAGCCACGGCCGGAGGGGACAGAAGCCCAGCCAGGAGUCCCUCAGAGUGCCCCCUGCCAGCCCCACAGGCCAUGCCCCAGAGCUUAGCCUGAAUCCCACCUCACUCCCCGAGCCAGGCCCCCCAAGGAACCCCAACGACCAGAGCCUUGACGUAGGGGUCCCUGGUCACAGCAUGGAGGGGUGCUCAGAGGAAGCCAGCUUGCUGCGGCACCUGGAGAAGGUGGCCAGUGAGGAGGAAGAGGUACCACUGGUGGUUUAUUUAAAGGAGAACGCAGCCCUGCUGACGGCCAACGGGCUCCACCUGUCCCAGAACCGAGAAACCCAGAAGAGCCCACCAACUCCGCCCCCAGCUGAGGUCCACAGCCCAGCCGUCGAUGCCAACCAGAACCUUGCCUCACCCAGUGCCACACUCAUCACACCAGCUUCUAACAGCAACCACAGCCUGCCAGCCCCAGAUGUCAAUCAGAACCCACCGGCCACUGUCACCCCUCAGGGCCGGCCGCUUUCUAGCAUCCAACAGAAUUCUUCUGAGGCACAACUCCCACCGAAUGGCACAGGGCCAGAUGCUAAAGCCAGUGCCCCGUGCGCGGGCGGGCAGCCCCCGGAGCUGGCCACAGAGGUGAGAUCCAGCACACUCCUCAUCGAUAAGGUAUCAGCUCCAGCUACCGCCACCAGCACCUUCCCCAGGGAAGCCGCUCCCAUGUCCAGCUCCGGGCCCCCCGCCCCGGAUUUGAUGUCCAGCUCCCUGCUCAUCGAUGUCCAGCCCAGCGCCCCUGCGGUGUCAGCAGAACAAGAGACGCCUGGGCGGGCAGCUGCCACCACACCCACCAAGCUGUACAGCGAGGUCCACUUCACGCUGGCCAAGCCCCCCUCUGUGGUCAACAGGACGGCCAGGCCCUUUGGGAUCCAGGCAGCAGGGAGCGCCAGCCAGAUGGAGCAGAGCCCCAUGGUAGAGAGACGACAUCUCGGGGGGAAGGCCCCAGCUCCCCAGUCCUCCAGCAUGGCCGACAGGAGUCCUCGGCCACAGAGACAUGUAACGUCUCACAGCCCCAUGGUGGAGAGGAGGCCCAUGGCACAGCGAAGCCCUGCCCUGGAGAGACGCCCCUUCGGGAACUUCACCCCGCCCCCCACUUAUGCUGAGACCUUGUCCACGGCUCCCCUGGCUUCCCGUGUUAGGUCUCCCCCCUCUUACUCUGCCCUGUACCCCAGCUCCGACCCCAAGCCUUCCCAUCUGAAGGGCCAGGGGGCUCCCACCAGCAAGACAGGAAUUUUGGAGGAGUCUAUGGCCCGAAGGGGCAGCCGGAAGUCCAUGUUCACCUUUGUGGAGAAGCCCAAGGUGACUCCGAAUCCAGACCUGCUGGACCUGGUACAGACGGCUGACGAGAAGCGGAGGCAGAGGGACCAGGGGGAGGCUGGCGGGGAGGAGGAGCCCUUCGCGUUGGGGGCCGAGGCCUCGAACUUCCAGCAGGAGCCAGCACCCAGGGACAGGGACAGCCCCACCGGGGCCGAGAACGUCCUUCCCGAGUGGGCCUCAUGUCUCAAGUCCCCACGCAUCCAGGCCAAGCCAAAGCCCAAACCCAACCAGAACCUGUCUGAGGCCUCCGGGAAAGGGGCUGAGCUCUAUGCCCGCCGCCAGUCCCGCAUGGAGAAGUAUGUCAUCGAGUCUUCGGGCCACACCGAACUGGCCCGCUGCCCUUCACCCACGAUGUCCCUGCCUUCAUCCUGGAAGUACUCCUCAGGCAGUCUCCGAGUGGCAUCCCGAAGUCCAGCUCGGACCCCACCUGCCUCCCUCUAUCAUGGCUACCUGCCUGAGAACGGGGUCCUGCGCCCGGAGCCCACCAAGCAGUCGCAGCCGCCCUACCAGCUGCGGCCCUCCCUCUUUGUCCUCUCUCCCAUCAAGGAACCUACCAAGGCCUCGCCAAGAGCCGCCUCGCCGGCCAAGCCAAGCUCCCUGGACCUGGCGCCCAGCCUGCCCAAGGCGACCCUCUCUCGGUCACCCGCCCUGCCUCGGCCCUCCCGCUCCUCGCCAGGCCUCUACACAGCCCCUGGCCAGGACGGCCUCCAGCCCACUGCCGUGAGCCCUACCUACAGCAGCGACAUCUCCCCCGUGUCUCCCUCCAGGGCCUGGUCUCCCCGAGCCAAGCAGGCGCCCAGGCCCUCCUUCUCCACCCGGAAUGUCGGGAUCGAGGCUCAGGACCGCCGUGAGAGCCUGCCCACCUCCCCGCCUUGGACGCCGGGCACGUCCCGGCCCCCCAGCAGCCUGGACGGCUGGGUGAGCCCGCGGCCGUGGGAACCCGGCCGCGGGAGCAGCAUGAGCAGCCCCCCGCCGCUGCCGCCGCCGCCUCCCAUGUCCCCUUCGUGGAGCGAGCGCUCGGUAUCCCCGCAACGACCUGAGACCGAGGUGCGGCCCCCCAGCCGCCAGCUGCAGGCUCUCCUGGCGCGAAAUAUAAUCAACGCGGCCCGGCGCAAGAGCGCCUCCCCGCGGCCGCCGGGCGCCGAGAGCCUGCGGCCCUUCUCCCCGCCUAAGGCACCCCCUCCGCCGCCGCCGCCCCCGCCCCCGCCGCCACGCAUGCGCUCGCCGCAACCUGCUCGCCCCGGCCCGGCAGCCACCCCCGGGGCCACGUUCGCCCCGAUCCCACGGAGCCCGCUGCUGGCGGGGCCCUCGCCCUGCGCCAGCCCCCGCAGCCCGCUGCCCGCACCCUCCAGGCCCUUCCCCUAUCGCCGGUCGCCCACGGACUCCGACGUGUCCCUCGACUCUGAGGACUCCGGGGCGAAGUCGCCCGGCAUCCUCGGCUACAACAUCUGUCCCCGCGGGUGGAACGGGAGCCUGAGGCUCAAGCGUGGCAGCCUCCCCGCCGAGGCCUCCUGCACCACCUAAAGCUUCCCCUGCCCCCAACCCAUCCCCCACCCCGGGAGGGCUGAGCUUGAAAGAAGAGUCGUCAGGCUUGGGAUACUUCAGCACCAUGUCCCCAAGGCCUGUUUGGACAGCCCUAGCAAUAAGGAGUUAGGGAGGAGAGCUCUGGGCUGGAGGGUUGGGUACAGAUAGAGCCCGAACUCUAUCAUUCAGCCAUUGUGUGAACCUGGACAAGACCCUUCCUCUAUCUGACCCUCAGCUUUCCCAUCUUUUUAAUGGGUGUUUGGCCAAAGCAAUCUCCGAACCUCUAAAUGCUCCCUCCCAUCAAUACACACACACACACACACACACAGGCGCGCGCCCGCGCGCGUGCACUUUGGAAAAGGCAGGGUGUUGUGUACAUGAACCCCUGCACUUGCUGCAUCCCAAUGUUCCAUACUCCUCCCUGCCUUCCUGGCUCUGCUCUCCGGAGUCUGGCAAAUGAGGGGUGUGUUCAAAAGAUCCUAGGCCCACGUUCCCUGUCCAGGUCCUGGCUUGACCAUUCGCCUUCCUGGCUCCAAGUCCCAGGCAGUAGCAGCUGUUUUCCAUCCCUGCUCAGACAAGCUCUAUUUUUACCACGGUGACCUUUAGAGAGGUCUCCCAGGCCAGCUCAAGGUGCCCGGCUCCUCUGGAGAGAAGAGGCAGGAAGAUUCCUCCUCCCAGGCCCCUCUCAUACAUUUCCCCUCCCCAGCUCAGACUGCCCAGGGCAUCUUAUCUGCAGCCAGAGAAGAGCGCUGUAAGGCAAUGAUUUCCCCCAAGCCCAGGACUUGGACCUCCAGGGAUGCUUCAGGUGCCUCCAACUCAUCUAUCCCUUCUGGGCCCUUUCGUGGUAGCCCUUUCAGAGUGACGUGGAGCUUUGCGCUAGCCUGCGGCUUUACCUGAUGACCCUGGGUUUGAGGUUGCCUGUGUGGAAAGAGGGCGGCAAAGAGUUCCUUGUCACAGGAGGUAUGCAAGCAGUGGCCAGGGUGCAUAGAGGAGAUUCUAGUAGAAAAUGGUUUGGCUCAGAUGACCUAUGAGGGUUCUUCCAGUCCUGAAAUGCAUUCCACGGUAUUAGGAAGGGAGGGAAGUAGUGGUUCAACAGCUUCCAGAGUUGGCUGGUGGUGCCCUCUAGAGGCUCAGAAUAUCUGCCUGAGGAUAUUAAAGGCAGGGUUGCGGGGAGGGGAGGGUUAUUGGAACGGGCUGAGGAGCAAAGAUGUGUAGGUGAAAGGAUACCAGGAUGUUGCUAAAGAUGAAGGACAGAGUGUGAUGUGGGGUUAUGGGUAGACUUACCUUAACCCAGCAUUACUUGUUAGACCUGGAACCCUUAAAUGAGGCUAGGAGGAGCUGGGGGUCAAGAUGAGGUAUAAAGAUUUGGUAUAAAGAAGGGACCCCAGAGGGUACCGAUGGCCUAAGGACUGGGAACAAAGGCCCUAUUGGUGGGAAGAUGAGCAGGUGCUCCAGCUUCAUCAGUGAUGAGUGGCCACAUUUACCAAAGUCCUCACAUGCUUCAGGGCCCGUUGUUGCAUGGAAGACAGACUACGUUUCAGAGAAGAGACACUGUUUCAGAGAAGCAGACACUGUUAGGUCACUGGCUGAUGAAGUGGCAUAGAAUAUCUACUUCUACCUGCAUAUCCACAAAGAGCCAGCAGGAGGCAGCCCUGGAAAGCGGCAGUUCUGUCUGGCUGUUCCCUCCUCUCACUGCCCUCUCCCCAGUCCUCUCCUCUAACCCACUAGAGAGUGCCUGUGUCCUGUCUCUUGCCUCCUAUGGAAUUCAGCUCUGGCCCUAAAUAAAUGCUUCCUGCAACCUUCUGCCUCCCGGGUCAAUUCAGCUGUGUCUAAAGCCCUUCCCUCCUCCCCAACCGUAGGACAGUCCAUGGGACUCUGGAUGGAUGAGAAUGUUUAA